GCAAAGAAGAUAAGAAAGGAGCAAAAGAUGACAAGAAGGGUGGAAAGGAUGACAAGAAGGCAGGAAAGGAUGAUAAGAAGAAAGGAAAAGAAGAGCCACCCAAGGGUAAAGGAAAAGAUGAUGGAAAGAAGGGAAAGGAUAAAGGCAAAGGAAAGAAAGAAGUUAUUGAAACUGACGAGGGCUCAGAUGCUGAGUUGAUGGAUGAAAACUUGAGCGAGGAGGAUGAGGAUGAAGAGUCAGAUGCAGGCAAGAAAAAGCGUGGUGGAAAAGAUGCUAAAGGUAAAACUGCAAAGGGAAAGUCCAAAUCUAGACCGCCUGAUUCUGAUGAAGAUGAGGAGGAAGAAGAGGAGGAAGAAGAUGAGGAGGACAGUGAAGAGGAGGAUAGAAAAGGAAAAAAGAAAGCCAAAGAUCAUAAAUCAAGAGCUGAGGAAGAUGGAAAGAAGAAGAAGGGAAAAAAGAAGGAAGAGCCACCAGCUGAGCCACCACCUGAAGAGAAAAAGAAAAGGGGGCUGAAAAAUACCUCUAAACUUUUUAUGAGGUUCUCUGGAUUUAGAAAGAGAAAGAGCUCAAAGAAACGACUUAAAAACACUUCCAAGCUCUUUCUUGGACUUGGCAAAAGAAAGAAUCGUUUGCUUAGGAAAAAAAGGAGGAAAUCUCUCUUAAGAAAUGCUCCAAAGUUCAUGAUGCGUUUCAAAAACAGCAAGAAGAAAAAGGAAAAGGAAAAAAAAGAUUCAUCAGGGCCAAAGCCAACAUAUAUGCUUAUUAAAUUAGGUGGCAGUUCUAAAGCAGCAGAGAAAAAGCCAGGAUUUUUUAAAGGGCUUUUUGGGAAGAAGAAUGCAGGGGAUGGGUCUGGAUUUAAAUAUAGAAGCCAGGUAUUAGGUAAGAUUGCUGGGGCAACAAACUGGCUCACCAAGAGGUUCCUCUCAAUAAAGGGGCGUCAAAGCAGAAGGAACCGUAAUGGCUGGGGCCAGAAAAACAACAAAAACUAUUCAUUUCCUGCUGAAAGUCGCCAAGCUAGCAUGCGAGCUCAUCCUGGGUAUCACAAUUAUGGAUAUGAACAUGACACUGGAGGUUAUGAUUAUAAUAAUCAGAGCAGGGGUGGAAGGAGUGCUUUCCAAAGACAGUCAAUCCAUAAACAUUCUAACAGGUAUGAUGAACAAUAUGCCCAGAUGCAAGGACCAUCUUAUUCAAGGACAGUUCAACAGCAGUACAGUCAGUAUGAAGAACCAAAUAACUAUUAUGACUUGGAAUCACAUGAUCAAGGCUAUUAUGACAUGCAGGAUAGAUACUAUCAGCCACACAAUGGCAUGGAGGACGAGGUUGAAUAUUAUGACGAUGGUAUGGACUAUGGUGACCCAUAUGGAGUUCAGGAGCAGAUGGGCAAUUAUCCACAAGAAAUGGGCUACUAUGGUCAGCAGCAUCCACUGGAUCCUUAUUUUGAUGAUGGCAUGGAAUACUAUGAUGAUCAGUAUCCAAUGGAGAAUGCUUAUGAUCUCUAUGGGAAUGAAAUGGAUCCAUAUUCCCAGGCACAGUUUGGAUAUUAUGAUGACCUUCAGGGAUUUUAUGGUGACCCAUAUGAAGCUGAAAUGUCAGGUGAUCCGUACAUGGACGCAUAUGGGGACUAUGAAAAUCUUUAUCUUCAGGACUAUCAGGUCAAUUACAGUGAAUCAGAUGUUGAUCCAUAUCUGCAGUCUGCCUAUAACAUGUAUGAUCCUUAUAGUUAUCCAAUGCAAGAUAUAAUGGAUGGUGAAGAAGCUUAUGGAAUGUAUGGUGAGAAGAAUGCCGAUUUCUCUAUGGAGGGUAUGGCCCUUCAUGGAGAUAUGGAGUUCAGAGUUCCAAGACCCCAAGUUAAGCUUUUUGGUAAGGAAAGAAUUGAUGUUGAGCUUCCUCCUUUCCCUACACAAUAUGAUUUUGAAGAAAUGUCAGAGAUACAGUAUGAAAAUUACCCAUAUAUGCCUGGAGCCCCAAUGGAUGAUGUUUAUUUACAGGCAGAGCCUCCACAUGAGUUGCUUCAUCCCACAAUGCCUCAAUUGCCCACACCAACAGCCAUGCUGAUUAAGCAAGCAAAUAAUCCUCAGGGAUUCGUCAAUCAACAUAUGCCAUAUAUGGCUCCAACUGGUGGAUUUCCACCAUCUCCCACACCAAGCAGGAGGUCUGUAGUAGGGAUGACUUCUCCUCUGUCUAUGCCUAUUGCACCCAUGACAUCCAUGGAUCCCAUGUCUAAUUUCGGAGGACCGGUAAUGGAAGUUAGGCAUUCCCCACUACCUAUGCGCAGACCGAGCCCACAUGCCUCCCCACAGCUAUCCAUGCAUCCUAGAAGAAGCCCAUCCCCACAGCCCUCUAUGCGUGGCAUUGGAGGCAUGGGAGCACCUCCAUCACCAAGACUAGCUAGGGGUGGGCCAUCUCCAAUAAGUCAUUUUCAACAACCUUCCUCUCCUGUCGCACGCAGAAUGAGCCCACCUGUUUCACCAGCACUUUCUAGAAGUUUUCAACCUCAGGCUCCAUUUAGAGAAGGGCCCCCCACUUCACCAAUGGCCCCAAGACGUUUCCAGCCUCAGACUCCAUUCAGAGAAGGUCCACCUGCUUCACCAACAGUCCCCAGACGUUUGCAGCCUCAGCCAUCUUUUAGAGAGGCACCACCUCCACAAUCUCCCCAGCAAAUGCCUGGCCGUAUUCCCUCACGAGCUCAAUCUCUCUAUACCAGUCCUCCAGCUUCACCUCGUGCAUCUAUCCGUAGGAAAAGCCCACCACAGUCCCCUCGUGCUUCAUUUAGGAGACCAAGUCCACCCUCUUCACCUUCACAAAUGAAUCGUCCAUUUGGUGGCAAUAAAUUUCAAGCCUCCCCAUCUCCACUUAGGCGAAUGAGUCCUCCAACUUCCCCUCAGAUGGGAAUGCAAACCAUGGCCAGUGUUAAACCUAGGGAUUUUCACAGACCCCAGUCACCAUCAAUGGCUCAAAGAGCAUCACCUACUCCCUCUCGAAGAAGCUUUACUAUGGAAGCAGACUCUCAACAAUCACCAGUACAACAUAGAUCACCAUCUCCCACUCUCUCCCGCAGAUCCACUCGCCUAAUGAAGGAUUCUCCACCUUUUGGAUCCACUGGAGGUCGGCUGCGAGGAAGGGGCCGUGGAAAUAUCCCAAUGGGAGCUGUAAAACCAUAUCCUGGUCGUGGGGGUCAUUCUGGUGCUCCAACACAAAAUGUACAACCUUUUAGACCAUCUAUACGUAGUAACAGAUCUAUGAUGCCACAGGAUUUCACAGCCUCCCCACAAUUAUCAGGUCACCACACUGGAAUGGGGAGAAGGGAACCAAGUCGUUUCAUUCCUCCAGGAACACCUGGUGCAAUGAGAAACCCACAGAGACCCAUAGGCCGUGGCCGUCCACUCAUGGCUAGACAAUCACUGAGGCGUGGACCUGGCAUGAUGCCCCCUUCACCACAGUUUUCUCAAAAAAACAUCCCCCCUCCUUCACCUCAACCUUCUGUGAGACACCUUUCCAGGCCAGUCUCUCCUCAUCCGUCUAUCAAACAUGGCUCACCGAUACCAAUGCGUUCCGCUUCCCCUAGGUCUCCGCCUACUUCUGUACUUUCUGGUCCUCCAAUAUAUGGAUCUCCUCUACCCAUUGGUGCAGAGCCAUUGCCUGUACAGUUUGAUCAGUUUAUUGGUGCCCCGCAGUCUCCAAUGCAUACAAGUUCCCUCCAAAUCCAAAGUGUCCCUCCAAAUGCAUCCUAUAAUGCAUCCUUCCAACAGCCUAUGUCGCCUUAUGCUCCUGAGAUCAUUAAUGUUCCACAGGUUCCUGGACAGCCACCUUCACCAGUUCCCUCUCUUACCCUGCAAAACCAUGCUGCACAGGUCUCCCCAUUGCAACCAUAUAACCCUGAAAUGGUUGUACUGCAUCAGCAUACAGAAGAGAUGGCAUCUCCACUUUUGUCAAAUGCCUUACAAAAUUCUCAACUGCGAGAAGCUUCUUACAUGUCACCAUUGCAAAGACCAGGCUCACCUUAUGCUCCCGAGGUGACUCAGUUUGGUGAGGUCCCUGAACAACCACCUUUGUCUUACCCAUAUGUUCCUCAAAUGGAAGCAUUUGAACAAGCUCCAGGUCAGCCAGUGUCACCCAUGUUGUCCAAUGCAAUUCACAACCCUCAGCUUCGCAAUGCAUCAUUCAGAUCAUCCUUUCAGAGACCACAUUCACCCUACACUCAGGUAGAAACAGGCUAUGAUUAUGUUGAAGAUCCAGGUGCUGGUCCCAUUCUCUCCAGUGCUCUUCAAAAUCCAAAUGUGCGCAAUGCUUCCUACCGAACACAUUUACGCCGCAGGGGAUCCCGUGUUCCAUCUGGCUAUGGUCCAAGGGGAUCUCCAGCUCUUUCAUCAGCCUUGCAGAAUCAAAAUAUUCGCAAAGCAUCAUAUCGAUCACCUGUUCAAGGAAUGGUUUCUCCUUAUGCACCUGUGCCGGGUUAUAGACAGGACCCUAGGAAAUCUCCUUUUCUGUCUGAUGCAUUGCACAACCCCCAACUCCGCAAUGCCACUUAUCAAUUGCCUGAUGGGUCAUUAGUAUAUGGUGAUCAGGGACUAAAUGUAAACGCUUCUCCAAUGCUUGUGGAUGCAAUUGGAAAUCCCCUGCUACAAAAUGCUUCAUAUAGACUUUCCGCUGGAUCCAUGAUGGGAAUGGACCCACGUCAACAACAGUCUUUCUCACCAAAUCUCUCAAAUGCUUUGCAGAACCAAAACCUAAGAAAAGCCUCUUACAGACUUCCUGAUGGAACAAUAAUAUACCCAGAUUCCCAUUUACAGCAACCUUCUUCACCAAACCUGUCCAAUGCUUUGCAGAAUCCAAAUGUGAGAAAUGCAGCUUAUAGACUUCCAGAUGGGACCCUUGUAAACGCAAGACAGCAACCACAAACUUCCCCAAAUCUAUCACAUGCACUUAGGAAUGAAAACAUCAGAAAGGCAUCAUAUAGAUUGCCAGAUGGGACAAUAAUAACGACUGAUCAGCCAAUAGAUCCAACUUCUCCAAAUCUGGCCAGUGCACUUCAAAACCAAAGCAUUCGGAAAGCAACAUAUAGACUUCCAGAUGGCACAUUAGUAACAGACUAUGGGCAGUCCAAACCUAUCUCGCCAAAUCUAUCAGCAGCCCUUCAGAACCAGCAAAUGAGAAAGGCAACUUAUCGGUUACCUGAUGGGUCAAUUAUAAGUGGACCAGUCUAUGAUAAGUCUCCAAAUUUGUCAAGUGCACUUCGAAAUCAGGAUAUCCGUGGUGCUUCCUACAGGUUACCUGAUGGCUCUAUAAUAAGUGCUGAUUCAAGAUAUAAGCCUAAAUCCCCAUCCCUGCUCUCUGCCCUAAGAAAUGAGGAUAUGAGGAAUGUGUCCUACAGGCUCCCAGAUGGAUCUGUUAUUUCACAAGCUUUAUAUAAACCAAGCAGUCCAAAUAUUUCAAAUGCCUUGCAGAAUGAACAACUUCGAGGGGCGACUUACCAGCUACCAGAUGGAUCUGUUCUUUCAGCAGAUCUUCGAAGAAAUAAAAGUCCAAAUUUAUCAGCAGCACUACUAAAUCAAAACCUCCGUAAUGCCAGAUACAGAUUACCUGAUGGGUCAGUCCUCACUCAAGGAUUUGCAGUACCCACUUCACCAGAUUUAAUUGAUGCACUAAAGAAUCCUAAUCUCAAGAAGGCCUCUUACCAACUACCCUCAGGGAUCUCCAGUUAUAUGACAUCCUCUGGGCAGGUGAUUAUUGGACCAGAUGGUCGCUAUGCUAUUGUUCCACCACGGCAAAAAGGUCCAGGUCCAGAAGAACAUUGGGCACAGAAUGCCAGAGAGGGACAAACUGCAGAGGACCUAUGGGCUUCAGAAAAAGUCCUGCCUCAUGAUACAGUACAGAACCUCAUUAAAUGGUCUAUGUACCGUGAUGAAAAAAUGAUGGACUUCCUCACCCCACCACCCACCGUUCUUCGGCCUGGGCAAACAGAACCACAGUGGGUUCCAGAUCGUGAAGGGGAGCCAAGAGGAACAUGGUAUGACAAGAUGUAUUCUAUAAGGAGCCUGCCUACUGUCAGCUACAGAGUGAAAAGAAAAGGGGAUGGUACUGAGGACAUGACACAAAUGGAACAGCUUACUGAGCCUGCAGUACUGAUAAACCUGAAGAUUCGCUUUGAUCAAGAGCUUAUAUAUACCUACAUUGGCAGUAUUCUGGUAUCUGUGAACCCAUACCAACUUUUUAACAUCUAUGGCACAGAUAUGGUUCUGCAGUACGAAGGCCAUGCCAUGGCAGAUAACCCACCUCAUCUCUUUGCAAUUGCAAACGUUGCCUACACAACAAUGAUGGACAUCAAACAAAACCAGUGUAUCAUUAUCAGUGGGGAAAGUGGUUCUGGAAAAACAGAAGCAACCAAACUGGUUCUGAGGUACCUCACUGCAAUUCACCAUAAGAGAAACAUUACACAACAGAUUGAGAUUCUAGAGGCGACUCCUCUGUUAGAGUCAUUUGGGAAUGCUAAGACUGUCCGAAAUGAUAACUCCAGUCGCUUUGGAAAGUUUGUGGAGAUCUUCUUGGAGGAAGGGGUGAUCAGUGGUGCCAUAACCUCGCAGUAUCUACUAGAGAAGUCCAGGAUCGUUUUUCAGGCCAAAGAUGAGAGAAACUACCACAUCUUUUAUGAGAUGUUAGCUGGACUUCCUUCUCACACGAAGCGGGCCUUCUAUCUACAAGAAGCUGAAACCUACUACUACCUGAACCAGGGUGGUAAUUGUGGGAUCACUGGAAAGGAUGAUGGGGAGGACUUCAGGAGGCUACAGAGUGCCAUGGACAUUCUUCACUUCAGUACUGAAGACCAGAGCAGCAUAUUCAGAGUGCUGUCAUCCAUACUUCACCUAGGAAAUGUCUUUUUCCACAGAGUGGAGACAGAAGUGCAGGAGACGGCCGGUGUGGUGAGCACUCAAGAGAUUCGUGCAGUAGCAGAUCUGUUGCAGAUUUCUCCAGAGGGUCUGCAGAAAGCCAUCACCUUCAAAGUGACGGAGGCAAUGAGAGAGAAGAUAUAUACUCCACUCUCAGUAGAAAGUGCCGUGGAUGCCAGAGAUGCAGUUGCCAAGAUCCUUUAUUCCUUGCUCUUUAACUGGUUGACAGAUCGCAUCAAUGGUCGGGUCUACCCCAGAAAUGAGGCGCUGUCCAUAUCUUUAUUGGAUAUAUAUGGGUUUGAGAGUCUGGUUUUCAACAGCUUUGAGCAGCUCUGCAUCAACUAUGCCAAUGAGACCCUGCAGUUUUUUUUCAGCAAAAUCAUUUUCAAACAGGAACAGGAAGAGUACAUUCGAGAACAAAUCAACUGGAAAGAACUGACAUUCACUGACAACCAGGCGUGCAUAGACCUCAUCUCUGCAAAGCCUCAUGGUUUACUCCGCAUCCUUGAUGACCAGAGCUGCUUUCCACAGGCCACUGACAAUACCUUCCUUCAGAAGUGCCACUAUCACCAUGGAAACAACCCUCUUUACUCCAAGCCAAAAAUGCCACUGCCAGAGUUCACUGUCUAUCACUAUGCUGGUCGAGUAACUUACCAGGUCCAUAAAUUCCUGGAUAAAAACUUCGAUCAGGUUCGGCAGGAAGUGUUGGAUCUGUUUAUGCAGAGCCAGAACCGAACGGUGUCCAAUCUCUUCAUAAAGCAUUCUGAGAUGCUGAACCAGCAAAAAGGAGCGAUGAACAGGAGCAGCACAGUGACCCGGAGAUAUCAACCCUCAACCGUGGCCGCCAAGUUUCAGCAGUCAUUACAAGAGCUCUUAGACAAGAUGGAGAGGUGCAACCCAUUUUUUGUGCGCUGCAUAAAGCCAAAUAAUAACAAGGAACCUGGUAUCUUUGACCCUGAGUUGGUUGCUACUCAGCUCAGAUAUUCAGGAAUCCUGGACACAAUCCGCAUCAGGAAGGAGGGUUAUCCAAUCAGAGUGCCUUUCCAUAAAUUCUUAAACAGGUACAAAGCUCUGCUGGGAAUGAAAAAGCCACCACCUUCAGAUGGCGAUAACUGUGUCAUGAUGUUAACGAAGCUCUGUCCAAUCAACAAAGGAGAUUAUCAAGUGGGUGUGUCAAAGCUCUUUCUAAAAGAGGAGGUGUAUCAGCUGUUGGAGAGUAAACGUGAUCGUGUGAUGCAUAUAGCUGCACUGACCCUUCAGCGUUACGUACGGAUGUUUUUUGCCCGGAGGAAAUUUCUUAAGUUCCGUUUGACUAUGACGCAUCUUCAGGCUCACUGCAAAGGCUUCAUGGCCAGGCAACGAUUUCUACGGAUGCGUAUAAACCUAAUCAGGCACCGCGCAAUGAUCCGACUUAUCGUCAAUCGCAAAAGAUACAUCAGGAUCAACGUACUCUUGGCGAGAAGAGCAGAGGAGGAGAGGAGAAGGCUUGAACUGGAGCGAAUAAGCAGGGAGGUGGUAAACGUGACUCAGCUGGUUAUUCCUGCGGAGCUGGGAGGAUUGUUACAGGCCACAGCAGGUGGUCGGGAGCGUCAUUCAGACUGCUUGGCUUUGGUUCAGGCUCCUAGAAUACAGACUGACCCUCAGCUCACUCUUCCACUCGAUAUCAACAACCAUUUGAUGACCAAAUACAUCCGCACACAUUUCAGGGAAUUGCUGUUUGGGAUGCUAACAGCACCGCUGGAGAACUCACUGACCCGUUUAGAAGAUGAUUUGAAACAAGACGCUGUUGAUGUGUUCAUACUGAUUUUGAGGUUCAUGGGAGAUCCGAAUUUGAACGGAGCUCAGGAAAACCUCUUUGGAAAUUAUAUCAUUCAGAGAGGCCUUGCCACUCCGCCAAUCAGAGAUGAGAUCCUAGCUCAGAUAGCCAAUCAGGUGUGGCGGAAUGAAAACAGUAGAAAUGCCGAGAGAGGCUGGUUGCUGAUGGCUGCCUGUUUGAGUUCAUUUGCCCCGUCUGAGAAGAUGGAGAAAUAUCUGCUGAAAUUUGUGUCAGACUACGCUCUGAAUGGCUUUAAGGCUCUGUGCCAACACAAACUCCUCCAAGCCAUGCAGAAAUCUUACCUGGUCCCUGAAGCCUCUCGAACAUACCCUCCAUCACUGCUAGAGUGGACUGCCACACGCAAGAAGGCACACAUGGUGCUCCAGGUGCACUGUUUUGAUGGUGUGUCUUUCCUGUGUCCUGUCCAUUCCUGGACCAACGGAGAGGGCCUUGCUGGAGAUGUUCUACAACACAGAGGCGUGUCUGCUGAGAGCCGAUGGGGUUGGUCAGUCCUGAUGAAGGAGCCUGCGCAGUGGGUGGAGCUAGAAGGUCACGAUUAUGUUCUGGAUCUGGUGUGCGACCUGGAGCUGCUUCCAGACUUCCCUAAACAGAAAACAUACUUCAUCAUCUCUACUGAAGACCCCAGCAAGGCUCGACCUAACGCCAGCAUAAGUCUUUUUGGCAGUGGAUUUGACGAGGAUGAGGAUGGGCCACUUUCAUAUGCCAACCGAAUGAGCGCCGUUCCAACCAACAGUCUACCCAUUUCUGAAGGCCACUACAGUCUGGACUCAGAACCAUCCUAUGAUGCCACUCAGAGAGGGAUGGAUCGUUAUUUGGACAGCUUGUUUGACCCAGUUCUGUCUGAUGCAGCUGGGGACUUUGAUGCAUCAGUUUUGUCUGGUAGGAUGAAGGGUGGAGGAGGUGUAGGUGGAGAUGAAGCACAGCACACUGCUAAAGUCACUCCCUUAGCUGCUCUUCAGCCUGGAGCAGUGAGAGUUCUACCACCUAUGCCACCUAUGCCUGGUUCUCCAAUCAUGCCCAGUCUGCCAGCAGUACCACCUGUGCCUGUGCCAGACCAGCAGCAUGCGGUGCUCGCUCAACAGCAACAAACCAUCCUCAACCAGCAAGCCGUCAUUAUGGCUCAGCAGAUGACUAUGCAGGCGAUGGCUAUGGUGACCAGUCCAGUGUCCAGUCCACCAAUGUCUCCUCUCACCAGUCCCCCAACCAGUCCUCCACCCACUCCCUACAGCACUCUUCCACCCAGCCCGUACCCCGCCAUCCCUCCCAGCCCCUACGCAAACAUCCCUCCCAGUCCUUACGCCCCGAUGUCUGCAUACAGCAGUCCACCAGUGACGCCCACACAGACCUUCGCCUCCACCCCCAACUACAACGCCAGCAGUGAGACCCUAAAGAAGAAGAGCAGCCCCCCAAACACACAGCCGCGGAGCAACACAAAAACACAGGCUACUCCAUCUAAAGGCUCAUUAGGGAAGAAACAAGCCCCUGCUGCACCAAUCAAACUUGACAGCAGGCCUGCAAAAAGACAUGCUCCAGUUGCAGUCACCGGUCCCAUGCGCUCGACUCCAGCUCCUGGCACAGAGGUGGUCAAAUAUUCAGUCUCCAACUCUGAGCACAUCGUUCCCAGCCACAACAUUAAAGAUAUCAUUAAGCAAUAUCAAACACCCACCCCAGAGCCUGCGCCGCUGAAACAGAAGAGAGAUGGUAAAGGUUUUGUAAAGAAGAAGAACCCACAUGACGAGGCAAUGCAGAUCCUAAAAACACAGAUGGACAAUCCUCCUCCUCCCCAGAGACAUGCUCCCACUCCGGCUGCUGUGUCGAGAGAUGAAGGCCUUAAACCAACGAAAAGCAGCAAGAAGAAAGCCCCAGAACCUCCUCUGACUUUACCACCACCUGUGUCCAGAGAUCUUCCAGUGGAAACUGAGAGCAUCCAAACACCGCUGCACCGGAGCGGCACUGAGGAGCAUUACACAUAUACAAAUGUCCCCUGGAAAAUUUACCUUAGGAAGGAGGUCUUCUACCCCAAAGACAGCUGGAACCAUUUGCUAGUUCUGGACCUCAUAUUCAAACAGAUUGUUAAUGACACAUUUACAGAGGCCUGCGUGCGCAUUACUAAAGAGGAGAGACAGAAGAUGAAGUCCUUGUUUGCACAAUAUGGCAUUGAGCCAAACACAGAUGUUCAGGAUGAGAGUGUAAAGAAAACCGUGAUUGCAGCUGCCAGGGAGUCAUGGGAGAUUUAUUUUUCCCGCCUCUUUCCUGCCUCUGGCAGUGUUGGUACUGGGGUGCAGGUGUUGGCAGUGUCACACACUGGUAUCAAACUACUCAAGACUGUGAAAAGCAGCACUGCAGCUCCAGACUACUUCAGAGUGCUCCGACCAUACAGUUACCUGGACAUCUUAUUUGUGACCAUCCCCUCUCCAAACAUGCUGGAGUUCAAUCUGAUGAAUGAGAAAUUGAUUCUGUUUUCCGCCAAAGCUCCUCAGAUCAAACAGAUGGUCGAUCUCUUCAUCUCUCACCUCAAGAAGGACUCGGAGUAUGUUGUAGCAGAGAGAAACUUCAUCACAGAGGACAGAUCUCUUCUGAACUUCCAUAAAGGAGAUAUCAUUCGUCUGCAGGCAAUGGAUGGAUUAGAGGAGGGUCAGAGUUACGGCUGCGUUGUGAAGAAAAAGGUCAUCUACCUCGAGGAGCUGAAGAGAGGCACACCAGACUUUGGCUGGAGGUAUGGGGCGGUUCAAGGUCGGAGUGGAGCGUUUCCCAUGGAGUGUGUGGUUCCUGUAGCUGCUCCUGAUUUCCUGGGGCUCCCGGCAGAAAGGAGAGAUGAGCCGAGAGACAGACAGGGCCGAGUGGCAGCAUCAGGAGCAAUCGCUCUUGCCGUGGCCUCCACUGCGGCUGCACAUGAGCUAGACCCCUCACUAGAGUCUGAUGGAUUCGGGGAUUUCGGUGACUCUGAAGCUGAAGGAAAUGUUGUUUUAGACAGCCAGUACAAUAUGGUGGAGUUUGCCAGGAAAUAUUUUAGAACAUCAGAUGGAAGCAAAAGUGAUUCAUUCAGGGAUAAGUCCAAAAAAGGUAAAGGAAGCAAAGACCCUGCAGAGAUGGUGAAAUUCAACAAGAACCCCAUCCUAGAAUCCCUCAUAGACUUCACUGACCCCAACAUGAACCGGGUUGCUUCUGAAAUUUUCCUAGCCAUAAUGAAGUUCAUGGGAGAUCAUCCUCUCAGAGGCCAAUCAGAGCAGUUUGUGGUUUGCACUUUCCUGAAGUUAACGGGUGAAUAUGGACUGAUGAAGGAUGAGGCGUACUGUCAGGUCCUCAAACAGAUCACAGCCAAUACCAGCUCGAAACCUGACAGCUGUCAGAAAGGCUGGCGCCUGCUCUACAUUCUCACUGCAUUUUACCGCUGUUCUGAAGUGCUCAAGCCUUUCCUACUCAAGUUCCUACGAGACGUCUGCAGGAGUCCAGAAGUGCACUUUCAUGGAAUUGCUAAAACUUGUGAGCAGAACCUCAGGAAGACGUUUCAGUUCGGUGGCAGGAGUGUUUACCCCAGUAGCAUGGAGCUUAAAGCCAUCAUGGCUGGUCGAAGCUCGAAGCGGCAGCUUUUUCUCUUUCCAGGAGGAAUUGAGAGACAUUUGAAGAUCAAAACUUGCUCUGUGGCGCUGGAUGUCAUAGAGGAGUUGUGUUAUGAGAUGGCUUUACAAAGGCUGGAGGCCAUGGAUGAAUACACAGUUUUCAUAGUCACCAACAGAGGUCAGAAUGUGCGUCCACUCAACAAGAGAGAAUAUAUAUUAGACAUCGCAACAGAGGCAGAGCAGAUCGAUGCCAACUACAGCUUCUGGUUCAGACGGGUCAUCUGGGCUCAUCCGCUCAAGUUUGACAACGAACUCUGUGUCACCAUGCACUAUAACCAGGUUCUGCCAGACUAUCUGAAGGGUCUGUUGAAUAUUGUACCUCAGGGAAAGAUCAGCGAACAGCAGUUUAACCAGUUUGCCAAACUCGCUGCUCUUCAACACCGAGCCAAAGACAGUCUCUACACUCCUACUAUUCAUGAGCUGAUGGAGUACAUCCCGGUUGAGAUUUUUGGCAGGCAGAUCCCUCAGCAGUGGAUGCAACUGGUUGCUCAACAUGUGCAUGCUGUCCAGAGCCUGAACCCUCACCAGGCCAGAUCCCAGUUCCUGGGUUUGGUUUGUGCCUUUCCCAUGUUUGGCUCGUCCUUCUUUUACAUCCAAAGCAGCAGCAACAACACCAUAUCAGCACCAUGCAUCCUUGCUGUCAAUCAAAACGGACUGCACUUCCUGCACAAAGACACUCAUGAGGUGCAGGUGAAGGUGCAGCUGAAGCAGGUUCAGUCAGCUCACACACAGCGGCCCAGCGCUGGAUCCAGUUACCCUUAUGUAGACGUCCUUAUAGGAGACUUGACCAACCACAGAGUCACGCAGUUACAGCUGGAACAGGGUCUGGAGCUGUGUCGAGUUAUCGCCAUGCACAUCGAGAAUAUGCUUUCUGUCCGAGAGAAGAGACUCACUCUGCCACCCAGUGAAAUCACCAUGCUGUAACAAAACCACACGCACAGUUACGAUGCUUUAUUUCCAUCACCUAAUCAUGUCUACACCAAACCUCUUAAUGCAAUGUUUGCACUAAUCAUGUGUAUUUUUUGUGAUUACGUAAAGACAAGCAGUGAAUGAAAAUCAUUAUUUUUGUACUGAAUGCUUAUUUAUACUUAUAUGAAUCAUUGUUUGCCUUGCUUUUGGAAUACACAAUUUGUUUCUUGAGACUUGAAAUGUGAAUGUAAUCAAGUGUUAAAUGCUUAUUUUCACUUGUAACUUGAAUUUGUAUGUUAGAAUGAAGAGAGAUGUUACUCAGGAGAACACGGGAUGAAUGCACCUUUUCAGAAAUGGAUGAAAGGGUAGUUUUCAAGGUAAUUAAAUGUAGUUUUUGUUUGUUUUCGUUGUGAAUUUGUUCAUUUAGCUGUUCAUUAUCAUGAGACCUACGUGUAUUUACAUUUUUAUUCAUAAUUAUUUUGUUGUUUUUUUUACAGUUUUCUUAAUAAAUAUUGUUGGUUAAAGCCC